AUGCGAAAAUACCAGCUCAGGCACUGUAAGUUUCGCUUUUCGUUAUCCUGCGAUUGCACACACGAAGUUGCACGGCCCAGGGUCAUGGCCAAUCUCGCGAUGAUGUCCGGCGCCGGGGUGCGCCGAUGGACACCCCCGGCGUCGCCCGCGCGAUCGUCCCGCGUGCUCGUUCAUCUCUCCAUCCCGCGCGGGCGCAACCCUACCAUCCGCAGGUUUUCCUCCGUCAUCGUCGCCGAGGCGGCCUCCGCGGUGGACGCACGACAGCUCGAGUACGCCGCGUGGAGGAAGGAGCGCGGCGUCCAGGCGAAGAACGUCGAGGUGGCGUACUUCGGUGACGUUGACGACACCGUGAUGCGGUAUCGCGGCAUGAAAGCGAUGGGGCGGGUGAACGAGGGCGACGUGCUCUGUGAGCUGCCGAGGGAAUCGUGCCUCGUGCUCGCCGACGACGCCGAGCUCCCUUUCCCCGACUUCUGCACCAACGAGCUCUGGGCCAAGCUCGUGGAGAAGAACAAAUGGGCCAUCCGCGUGGCCCUCAACCUGCUGCGUGAGGUGGACAAGGGCGCCAGCUCCGGCUUUCACCCGUACAUCUCCCAGCUCCCGAAGGAUUUCGACCUCCUCUCGGAGUGGACCGACGAGGAGCUCAAGGAGCUCCAGUACCCGCCCGCGGUCAGGGCGGCGGAGGCGCAGCGGAAGGAGAACGACGAGGCCAUGGAGCUCCUGCGGAAACACUCCCCGGGCACCCUCGAGUCCGUCACGCCGGAGAAGAUGGCGUGGGCGCUCAACAUGGUCCGGUCCAGGGUCUUCUCCGGCCGGCUCAGCGACAACGCGGUGACAAAGGCGAACCUUCUACCCCGCGCGCUCGCCGCGGGAACCGCGUUCGCCGCGUUCCUCACGUCUCAGACCACCGAGGGGAGGUGGCUCGCGGUGUUCGCCAUGCUCGCCCUCGUCGUCUUUGACGCGAACGACGGGGACACCGACCCCGGCUCCCCAAACGCCCCCAAGCUCGCGUACGUCCUCAUGCCCCUCAUCGACGCCUUCAACCACAGGACCAUGCCCAAGACCGAGUUCGAGUUCUCCUCCGACGCCUUCAGGCUCAGGUCCCCGGCGGGGUACACAGCGGGCGAGGAGGUUUUCAUAUCCUACGGGCUCCUGGGUAACGACGAACUCGCGGUUCGGUACGGAUUCGUCGAUCCGACCAACGACCAGGACACGUGCGUGUACGACGGCCUCCUCGCGUGGCUCCGGGCGAACCACGAGCCCCUGAAGAAGGCGGCGGGGGCCGCGCCGGACAGGGCCAAGGCUGUGCGCGACGCCAGGCUCGAAACCUACGCGUCAAUGGCGGUCAUCAAGGCGAACGGCGAGGCUGAUUCCAACGUCCUCUGGGCGCUUCGGUGCAUGCUCGCCACGCCGGAGGAGUGGGCCGCCGCGGGGGGAAACGCGGAGGGGAUGAAGCUUGGCGGGGGCGCGCCGGAGAAGGCGGCGUGCACCGCGCUCGCCGCGGCGUGCAGGGCGAGGCUGGAGAGCAUGGGGACAACACUGGAGGAGGACAGGGAGAAGCUCGAGCGCGGCGCGAGCGGCCGGGAGAGGAUCGCCAUCCAGUAUCGCGCGAGGAAGAAGGAGAUCCUGCGGGCGUGCGUCGAUAGGUACGACGUCAAGUGA